CGGUAAGGACUUCUCCAUCUAUUUUCUGGAAUCUCUUCCUCAGAAAAGCCCCCAAUUGUCACAAAUUAUAUCGCCCAGUUAUCUCUACUGACACUUGAAAAUUGCUGCUAUCUGUUAUUUAUCUUCGAUUUAACUAUUAGGAUUUAGUUAUAUCAAUUUUAUUAGAGAGACAAGGCCGAUAGAAAGAGAGAGAUGGGAAAAUCGGGAGGCAGGAGAAAAAAGGGGGGAGCAAACGCGGUGACAGGAGAUGUAUCGGUAUCUGCUGCUAAUGGAGGUAUUGAUUUGGAUUCCACAAUCUUCCUGAAACGAGCCCACGAGCUCAAAGAAGAAGGCAACAAACGAUUUCAGGCCAAGGACUACGUGGGUGCUCUUGAACAGUAUGAUAAUGCACUUCGCCUUAUCCCCAAGACCCACCCCGACCGUGCUGUCUUUCACAGCAACCGUGCCGCUUGUCUGAUGCAGAUGAAGCCUGUUGACUACGAAACUGUCAUAGCCGAGUGCUCACUCGCUCUUCAGGUUCAACCCCAAUUUAGCCGAGCCCUCCUUCGUCGUGCUCGUGCUUUCGAGGCUCUCGGUAAGUGUGAAAUGGCGAUGCAGGAUGUCCAAUUACUGUUGGCUGCUGAUCCCAAUCACCGAGACGCUUUGGAGAUUGCCCGUCGAUUGCGUAUUGCACUCGGGCCUCGGCAGGAGGCCCAGCAGGAUCUCCAGAGCCGCCCCUCCCCCGCUGCUCUAGGAGCCUCUGCUGUUCGCGGGGCCCCAAUUGCUGGCCUGGGCCCCUGUUUGCCGGCCCGUCCUGUACCUAAAAAGACAACAACUUCAGGGGCAGGCGCCGCGUCAACCCUCGGUGCCGGUUCUGGUACCGUGUCGUCGCUUAAUAAUAAGGGCGAGAAGACCCAGCACCUUCACAUUACUGAAGAAAGUCCUGAGCUGAAUACCCAGCAGCUAAAAUCUGUUUCAAAACCUGUUAAAGAUUCCUGUGUGGAGCCUGUUCCUUGUUUGGUUAAGGACAAUAAAAAGGACUUGCUAAUUCAUAGGCAGUCUUCAAGCUUGUCUACCACUCGAUGGAGGCCAUUGAAACUUAUUUAUGAUCAUGAUAUCAGGCUGGCUCAGAUGCCUGCCAAUUGCAGUUUUAGAGUAUUGAGGGAUAUUGUAAGCAAAAGGUUUCCCUCAUCCAAAUCGGUUCUCGUCAAGUAUAAGGACAACGAUGGUGAUUUAGUGACCAUCACCUGUACUGGUGAGCUCAGAUUGUCAGAAUCCUGUGUAGACGGCCUUACUCAAAAGGUGUCAGAAACAGAGAGAACUGAUCCAUUGGGGAUGCUCAGGUUGCACAUUGUCGAGGUGAGCCCAGAGCAGGAGCCACCUUUAGUGGAAGAAGAGGAAGAGAAGCCUGCAGAAGAUGACACGGUCAAGGGAGAUGAGAAUGUUUCUCAUUCUUCAUCUGGCAGUUCUGUAUUGGAUGUAGUGGAUACUGAGAUUAAUAAGACUGAGGAAGCAGCUCCAAAGGAGAAAGCUGGAGCUGCUGAUGAUACCGAAUGUAAGGAGGUUGAGAUAGACGAUUGGCUAUUUGAGUUUGCUCAGCUAUUUCGGACCCAUGUGGGGAUUGAUCCAGAUGCCCACAUUGAUCUGCAUGAGCUCGGGAUGGAGCUCUGCACUGAGGCUCUUGAGGAGACUGUGACAAGUGAAGAGGCUCAAAGCCUCUUCGAUAUGGCUGCUUCCAAGUUCCAGGAGGUGGCUGCCUUGGCCUUCUUCAACUGGGGGAACGUUCACAUGUGUGCAGCAAGGAAACGGAUACCAUUGGAUGACUCUUUAACAAAGGAGUUGAUGACAGCCCAGCUACAAGCAGCUUAUGACUGGGUAUGGGAGAAAUAUUCUUUGGCAGGAAAGAAGUAUGAAGAGGCACUCCGAAUAAAACCAGACUUUUAUGAAGGGUUGCUUGCAUUAGGACAACAACAUUUUGAAACUGCAAAGCUUCAAUGGUCCUUUGCUCUUGCAAAUAAGAUUGAUCUCUCGAGCUGGGAUUCUACUGAGACAAUUAAGCUCUUUGAUAGUGCAGAGGAAAAGAUGAAGGCUGCAACUGAGAUGUGGGAGAAGCUGGAGGAACAGAGGGCUAAUGAGCUGAAAGACCCAAGUGCAAGCAAGAAGGAGGACUUGCUGAAAAGAAAGAAGAAACAGGGAGCAGGUAUAAAUGGUGGCCCCUUUGCAAAUGGGGGUCAUGGGGAGGUUUCAGCUGAUGAAGUGGCAGAACAAGCAGCUGUGAUGAGAUCCCAGAUACAUCUCUUUUGGGGCAACAUGCUUUUUGAGCGUUCACAAAUUGAGUUCAAAUUAGGGUUUGAUGGUUGGAAAAAGAACCUGGAUGCUGCUGUUGAAAGGUUUAAGCUUGCUGGGGCUUCUGAAGCAGAUAUUUCUGUGGUUCUGAAGAAUCAUCCCUCCAAUAGCAAUGUGGUAGAAAAUAAGGAGAAAAUAUCUGCAAACCUAAUCACUGAUGCCAAUGCUGAAGCAAAUUGCAAGGAGGUCAAGAAUGAAUGAGAAAGGUGGCUUGAGAUGAUUGAUUCUACAUGCUUGGUAAUUUCAAAGAAUUAUUCUGACUGCUUAUUUCUUAAAUGAUCAGAGUUAAACCAGCUUUUUCCAUAAUUCAGCAGUUUUCAGCAAAAUUUGGGGUAAUUGGGUUCUCAUUCUUUUCUAAGGAAGUAGAAGAGUUAGGUGCCAACAGGACACAAGUAUGUUCACUCAAAAGUUUUUUUGUGUUUGAGUUCAGAACAGCUUCCAAGGUGACUUAAUCUGAAUUUUGAUUUCAAUGUAGAUGCAUUUUAUUUGAUGAUUUCAAUGGAAUUAUGCCCUGACUCAAUUAUUUGUCUAUAAGGUCCCUUCUUGAAUUUAGAGCAGUUUAUUGAUGCACUCAUGACCUUUCAGACAUGGUGCCUUGCUUUAUUGUGAGUUAUUUAUAUGUUCUUCUGAAGGAAUUGUUGAUUACUGAUUAUUUAAUCUGGUACUGUACUACUUUCCCUCUUUUUCUUUGCUUAUUUUCUGGUGGGAACUUCUUAGUACAGAUUAUAUGAGGAGGAUUAGUUUUUUAUAA